GAUUCAAAAAUGUAGCCCCGCCUCUGCUGGUUGUCAUCGCGGGAACAGAAACUAAACAUCAGCUAAAACAAAAUGGGAGCGUCGCUGGACACUCCGGCGAGGUGUCCUCUGUGCAACGAGCUGACUGGGGACCCCGUCACUCUGAAAUGCAACCACCGGUUCUGCCAACGGUGUAUUGGAGACUUGUGGAGUGUUGCACCGAACGGGCCGUACCAUUGUCCGGAGUGGAGGUGUAAAACAGUGUACCAGACGCUGCCGUUUGCUAGCAGUUUGAUACGGACGGCCACCAACAGUCAACGUGCUCAGCCCCGCAGCACUGCAGGUACAGGCACAUCCAGUAAUAAUGAGCAAAACAUAUUUGACUCGAUAUUGGUGAGGCCCUCACUCACCAGCCGACUUCUCGGGAAGAGAAAGGCCAGCACACCUGUUUCGGAGCAACCUGACACAAAGCGAUCGACUGUGGAGUCUCCCAGUGAGCGGUCCAGUGACACCGAGACUCCCACCACUUCCUUCUCAGAUAAACGUAGGCAGUCAACUAGUGUGGAGACGUCCAAGAAAGCAGUGCACCCAGAAUCUACACAGUCUGAGCGUGGUGAUGGCACAUCCUCCAGUGACAACUCUGACAGCAAGGCAUUACCUGCAGGUGAUGUGUCACAUGACAUCUCAAUCCAGCAGAACCAGCGUAAAUCGGUAGACGUCGUCUCGUUAGAUGACUCUGACAGCUCCAAUGAAGUAGAUAUAUGUGAUGCACCUCUUUUAGCAACCCCCAAGAAAGAGACAGAAAUUCAUGCAUCGCCAAAGAAACCUGCCUCACCUGCCAACUCUGAUUUCUUUCCUGGGGUCUCAACUCCAGGUAAAGAUAAGUCGCCAGUUCACCAUGUCAGCAAGUCUCCUCUGAUAUCCACCAAACAUCCUGCCACUGCUUCAGCAUCCCCAAGUCGUGUUGGCAUCUUCCCCAGGUUGGAGAGCAAAAAUGCCAGCCCUGUGCCCUGCCAUUAUUGCCCUAAAACUGGGUACCAGUCUGCUGUGAAGACCUGUCUGGUGUGCGGAGCUUCCAUGUGUAAAGAGCACCUGCGUCCCCACCUGGACUCCCCUGUCUUCCAGAAUCACACCCUGGUUCCUCCCAUGGAAGACAUGUCUCCCUGGAGGUGCCAGGAGCACCAAGAGAUAAACCGUAUCUACUGUCGGCAGUGUGGAGUGUGUGUGUGCACGGUGUGUACUGUCAUAGGCUCGCACCGUGACCAUGUCUGCAUCAGCAUCAGGGAGGCAGAGAAAGAGCUCAGAGGGAACCUAAAGGAAGAAAUCAAGCAGUUGCAGGAGACUGAACAGCAAGUGAAGAACAUAGUGACUGAACUCACACAGAAGAAAGAGACCAUCAAAGUGGUUUUAAGUGAGGCACAAGCAGGAGUGCAGCAGCAGUACGGAGCCAUCAGAGAGGCCCUGGAGCAGGAGGAGCAAUCAGCUCUUCAGCAUGUGACGAAGGAGGAGAGCAGGGUUCUGGGGGGACUAGAGGAGAAACUCAGCCACCUCCGGAGCUCCCUGCAAUCCAUCCAGCAAGGCCUCCACACCCUGGAGGGGCUGGCUGAUGCCAAGGGAGACAAACGCAUUCAGGAACAGGCCUUCAUUAUGGAAUACAGCAAGGUAGCCCAACUGGCUAGUAACAUAGGAAGCUGUGUGGACCAGUUCGAGGCUCCAGAGGAAGUGGAUCAGGCUCGGCUGAAAUGUCUGCAGAGGUGGACCGAGAAACGGCGGGACACAGUCGUCAUCACUGUGCCAGGCAAAGACGGAGACCUCUACAGACUUCUCUAUGGUACCGUCCCCUUCUUGGAUGCAGAAACAGCCCAUCCCAAACUGCAGCUGUCUGAUAACAACAGGAGGGUGAUCUACAGCGAAGCCCAGCAGACCUACACAGAGCACGAGGCUCGCUUCAGCUCCUUCCCACAGGUCCUGGCCUCUGGUGCCCUGGAGGGGGGUCGCUGGUACUGGGAGGUGAACGUGUCUGUGGAUGAGGGCCGCUGGAAGGUGGGGCUGUGUGAGGGUCAGAUAGAGAGGAAAGGCCAAAAGGACAACUCUCGUCUGGGCUUCAACUCGUACUCCUGGUGCCUGGCCUGUGACAGAAGGAAGGUGGAAGCUCUGCAUAACAAGGAGGCGGUUCCUGUGGAUGCAGAUGGGCUGCAGAGGGUAGGAGUGUUCCUCAACUUUGAAGAGGGUAUUUUAUCAUUCUUUAAUGUGACACCAGGGGGCAGUCUAGCUUUAAUGCAUUCCUACAAGCACAGGUUUACUGAGCCUCUUUACCCAGCCUUGUCUGUGUCUAAAACACACCUGGCCAUCUGUGAUCUGUUCCAGUCAUAAACCCUGCAAUACUUGCAUGUCAGUUCUGCUGAAAAUGAAAAGAACAUGAAAAAGCUGUGCCUUUUUUGAUAUGUUAAAAUCAUCUCAUAAUUAAAAAUGUGCCAAUUUGUAAAAUUCUCUGGGAUGAUAUUUUUGUCAUGUACUGUAUAUAAUGCUAUACUUUUGCAAAAAUCCUUAAAUGUGAUUUUUACAUCAUUUGAUAUUACUGAAAUUUUAACAUGCCAGAAAUGUAAAUUUUUAUGUUUUUAAUUUUAGAAUGUCAAUGAACAAAUGAGCAAGUUUUUACAUAAGAGGCAAGUUAUCAGUGCAGAUCAAUAAAAAGUUGAUUUGUAUCAUAUUUUCAUUUUGAAAUGUGUUAAAAAUGUUCCAAAUGUGUUUUUAUAUCUCGUCAUUGACACCUCUUUGCUCCUGUGAUGACAUUAUUGUCUUUUUACAGUAAUAAAAUGUCAAAGUUUCAAAAGCAAA